AUGGCUCUCACGGCUUCCCCGGCGGCGCCCCCGAACUGGGGACGAUGGCCCCAGCAGCUUCCUCACGACUUCACCAUGAUGGACCAUCCCGCCUUCAUGCCCUACGACUCUCGCCCGCCGCCGCCGCCGACGACGCACAUGCAGCGGCCCGUGGCCCCUCAGUACGUCGUGGCUCCCCAGUACGGCUCCGGGCCCAUGACGGCGCUGGCGCCGCCGCAGUAUCACCACCAGCAGCCGUUCGCCUACGUCCCCUACCAGAGCCCGCCGCCGGCCACGCCCAUCGGCUCCCCGUACAAGCAGGAGGCCCCGCGCAUGCUGGCCUCGGACGUCAACCCCUCCCGCGGCAUGCCCUUUCGCCGCGGCUCGAGGCAGCUCAACGGCAGCCGGCUCCAGUCGCCGUCGGCCCGGAGCGAUUCCCUGGCGUCGACGAGCAACCGCUCCGUCGCCUCGAACCCGUGCGCCGCCAAGACCAUCACCUACAACGAGACCAUCGACCCCGCCGACAGGGUCAACUUUGAAACGGAAGUCGACGAGCUCAUGAAGGCCAUCCAGAAGUCGGACGAGGACGAGGCGGCGGCGGCCCAGACCCUCACGCCGGCCCAGACGCCGAGCGCAGAGGCCGGCUCGGGACCUCAGAGCCCCGCGAGCCACGCGCAGCCGUCGACGCCCGGCAUGACGGAGACGAAGCUGAAGAAGAAGUGGGUGUGCGACGGGCCCAACUGCACCAAGCGCUUCGUUCAGAAGACGCAUCUCGACAUCCAUCGCCGGACGCACACCGGCCACAAGCCCUACGUCUGCACAAAGGACAACUGUGGUCUCACAUUCUCUCAACGCGGCAAUCUCAAGACUCACAUGCGCCGCCACACCGGGGAGAAGCCGUAUUCCUGCAGCAUCUGCGGCAAGCUGUUCGCGCAGCGCGGCAACGUCCGAUCCCACGAGGAGACGCACAAGGGUCUCAAGCCUUUCGUCUGCAGACUCGACGACUGCAACAAGACCUUUUCGCAGCUUGGAAACAUGAAGACGCAUCAGAACAACUUCCACAAGGACACGCUCCAAAAGCUCACCAACAUGUUCGUCAAGUUUGCCCGCCUCGGCGAGGUCCCCGAAGAGCACCAAGAGCUGUUCGACUACUUCAAGGCACACUACAAGAACAGCAACAAGGGCAUCAAGGGUCGUGGCAAGGCCCGCACCGUCGCGCCGAAAUCAAAGGCCGCCGACCACAACCCGAACGCAUCCCUGGCCUUCCCGCACCUCCCGAUGCCCGCGCAGGCGCAGACGUACGUUCCCGGACAGGCCAACGGCGGCAUGCCCAGCAUCGGCCGCCACCACGCAGCGGGCGGCUAUGCCAUGUUCGACCAGCACCCCGAUCACGUCGCCGCACCGGGAAUGCUCUACGAGGAUGUGCACUCGCGGCAGAUGGGCUUCGCCGAUCGCCUGUAUUGA